UAUUCGUGAAUGUACACACGCCACCCACGUCAAAACAUUGGAAUUGAAGUGACGUUUACACAUUUUAGGAUCGGUGCUACAAUUUUGCGAAAAAAUCGCCACGCAGCAUGGGAGAUGCAUCAGUUUCGGACCCGGAGUCCAAUAAACCAAGCCCAGGAAGCGAGGCACCCCCCGAGCUGGACCGGCGUCCUUUCGGCGAUUUGGAGUUCCAAGUUUCAGAAGUAGUAGGCCGUUUAGAGGCUGGAGUUAACGCUCAGGAUGUUCAAGAUGAGGAAAAGAAGCCAGAGCCUCGAAAGAUCAGUGCUGGUUUCUUUGAGCCAGAAGAAACAUCAAUGGAUGAGAUUCUGAAAGUUUUGGAAGACUUGGUGUUGAAGACAGACCCUAGUUGUGAGAGUGUAGAGCCGCCGCUGUUGCCGACAGAUGCAGUGACACGAGCUGCGAUACUGUCUCACAGUAUAUCAGCUUUAUUUGGAAGGUUGGAGCGGAGUCAUGCAGCAAGACUUGGUGCUCACAUUGCCAGUGAAACAACAAGAUGGAUGUCUCAUAUGUUCAGACUAGCAGACUACAAUGCGUACUAUCACCAGGAACAGCUGGAGGGUCUGGUCAGAGUUACUCGAAUGUUACUGCACCACAGAUACCCAAGGUACUUGGAGGAUGGAGCGAUAGCGUUCACAAAUCGCUUGCCUUGCAUAUACAGCUGCGUGGCGAGUCCACUCGGCGUGGUGCAACACCUGUGCAGACAACUUGGCCUGCCACUAGCAUGCGUCAGACCUGUGCCAGUACAUCCAUCAGGUCGAGGAAUGGACAUAGAAGCUCUAGAAAAACUAUACGAUGAAGAUAUAAACGCGAAUAGAACACCACUUUUAGUGCUGGGAGAGGUUGGAGCUCCACCGCUAGGAUGGGGGACUCCACUGGCAUUACUUGGUGAAAUAUGCUCUCAAAGAAACUUGCACUUACAUGUUAGAGGGCAUGCGCUCGCGUUGCCGGGCGCCUCGUCCAAAGAUGAGUCUUUCAGUAUACCAGAUUCGGUGACUCUCACACCUGGACCAUGGUUCGGUGUUCCAGGACUGCCAACUGUUACGUUUUACAAAAUACCGGAAGCUAUUACAGCUAACGACCAGUCGAAAGUAGUAAGCGCUGCGGGUAGUAGAGAAGGGGCCUUAGCAGCUUUAGCAGGUUUGACAGGCGGCGGAGCGCGUAUCCCGGCGCUCCCUCUGUGGACGUGUAUACGCGCGGCCGGCGCGAGGACGUUACAGCAACGACUGACGGCCGCCUUCAGGUCCGCCAGGGCAGUGCACGCAGUCGUGGCUAAUGCAGGGCUUAGGUUACUGAGUGAACGGCCCGGUGGAGAUGAACCGCCAAAUGUAGGAAUUGUGGAAGCGUUAAGCCACGCGUCAGCUUGCGUAGCGUUUCAGUUCGCGCCGCCAGGCACGGAGAAACCGCCGCCAUACUACGACAAACUCAACUCUUGGCUUGGACAGGUGCUACAGAGAGAGGCUGACAUGAUCAGUAUAGAAGUAUGUGAGACUGAAGCCCACGGGGUGGUGCUGCGGUACUGUCCGCUUGAGGGCGCGGGCGCGGCGGAGGCGGGCGCGGGGGCGGGCGCGGGCGCGGGUGCGUGGGCCGCGCUGCUGGAGGCGCAGCUGCAGGUGCUGGGCGCCACGGUGGCACUGCGCGACACGUUCCACGACCGCGUGCGCGCGCGACACCCACUGGCGCUCGUACACGUGCCCGGCUGGGCCGGUCUUGGUGGAGUCCGCUACAUUCCCCCAGGCUGGGAGGAGGCAGCGCCCGAGGAACUGAACUCCCUCAACAGACAACUCGUGGACACGCUGCGGGCCACGGACGGAGCCUUCUCCUGCGGGGACGGGGAGGAUGGGAUGGCUUGCGUCAGGUUCGGCAUGGUGACGGAAGACACAGAUGUCGAUGAGUUACUGGACCUCGUUAUAUCUGCUGGUAAAGAAGUAGAAGAGAGCAGCCGAGCACUCACCAACAUGACUGAAGUAUUGAAGAAAGGUAUCGAAGAAGCCCAGGCGGACUUGGAGCGCGAGAACGCGGAGCGGCUGUGGCAGGAGGGGCUGCUGCGGCGCGUGCCCGUCGUGGGCCGCGUCGUGCAGUGGUGCCCCGCCCCCCCCGCCCCCCCGCCCGGCCGCCGCCUGCACCUCGCGCACGGCACGCUGCAGACCACCGCCGACCUCUACAGCCGCGUUCAAAACAAAAGUAAUUCAGAGCCUGCUCGCGCGCACUCACCGAUGAGACAAACGCAAGCCGCUGAGGAAGAAGAGUAGCUAGUAAUCAGUUAAGUGUAUGCCCAUACCUUGGUCCAACAUUAUGAAUAUGCAAGUUUGUAUAUACAAUGUUGGCCAAAAUACCCGACCAAUGCCUUGGCGCAACAAUGUCGUCGCGUGCCCAACAUAAUGGCUAUGCAAGUUUGUACAUAAAAUGUUGGCCAAACUAUUCGACCAAUGUCCAUAUGCUUGCAAGAUUGGUCUGCAAGCAGAUGAGGAAACUGCAAUCUAACCUACUAACUAUUCGAAGUCAGUCAAACUGACGAUACCAAAGAUUGCGUAUUUAAUUAAAAUACUAUUAUAAUUUGUAUUUACUAGUUUAUUUGUAUUGUAAAUUGCUGCAGAUCUCAAAAAACACAAAUGUUUGUAUUAUUGUAGAGGUGUUGCAGAGUCACGGAAAGCCGCUCUGUAAAGGCAAAGAGUAUUAGACAUCGUCGGCUGUAGCCAAAAAGUGUUCAUUCAGCUAAUAUUGAAUAUCAAAAUUACUGUAUGAAAUAUUUUAAAUAUUAUACAUUAAAAGUAUCGCGACUGAUUUCAAUAAUUUGGAGUUUAAAUUUUAAUAUUUAUAGCAGUCCAGGAAAGGUUAUAGGGUAAGAAUAUGUGAAGAGUUUUCAAGGGAUAUAGUAGAAGCAUCAAUUAUAAUUUCCCAUAUAAAUGGAGGGCUUAAUAUGAGUUUGUUUUACUUUUAGAAUAAUCAAAACGAAACCGCAUUCGGCGCUUUGAUUGGAUAGUUCAUUGGAACCGGCCAAUCAGAGCGUCGAACGCGGUCUCGUUUCGAUAACACUAAACUUAAACUCGUACUAAACCCCCUGUUUUAUGAGUGACAUUAGAUAUCACGACACAUUAGUUCAAUUUUAUGGCAAUAAAAAUGUUCGCGGGGUCAGCUAAUUAGCAAUAGAUAUUAGUGUAAAAAGUUUAAACUAUAAGGCUAAUGUUACAAGCGUGUAUAAAGCCUUAGUUAUUAGUGAUACGUCGAUUCAGAAUAUGUCAAUAAAUAGAGUGAAUUUGAAAUCGGAGUCGGUGCUGUAAGCGAAAUGGAAUUUAAGCUACUGUCGACUGACAGAAUAAAAAAGUCUUCGUUUAGCGUAAAUCACUACAUAGUAUAAAACAAAGUCGCUAUCCACCGUCUCUCUGUCCCUAUGUAUGGUUAGAUCUUUAAAACU